AUGAGUUAUGUGACGUAUGAACAAGGUGUUGGCCGCGUGAGCCUUUGUCAUCCGUCAGCAGCGCAGCAGAUGCAGUGCAGUUUGAGGGAUGCUGAGUUCAUCAGGCUACUGGUGGAAAAGGCGUGUCGCGCCACCGAAGGUCUUACCGGCGUGAAGGUGGACGCCACUUGGUUUCGAGAGAUGGAGCUGCUGGUGCAGGUAAUCUACUAUGCGGUGAACGUAGUGAACGGCAACCAGACCCUCGGCGAGGAACUGGCACACGUGCUGAUGACGGAUGCCUCCACCGAACAGGCGCCCUCUCCGCUGAAACGUAUGGUACGCACAGUCAUGAGGGCAACGACUUUUUACUGCGCGGUCAAGCUUUACGGGCGCUAUCGUUCUCGCGUUGUUCCUCCUGUAGAGCGACCGCUUGCGGUUCGUGCCCCUGUUCCCUCCUCGUGUGGGUUGGGCAUGCAAUGGCGCAGAAACGUUGUAAACUAUUGUGUUCGAACGUAUGAGAGUCUGAAAUUCGCUUUUUCCUCUAUCUUCCGGCGCUUCUCUCAUCAUGUGUAUACCAUGGCAGAUAACUUACAGAAGAACAACAAAGAAACGUUUCCCGAAACAUGUCUCCUGGACGGUGUGUCAUGUAUUGACAAGUUGUGGCAACUGUCAUCGACGCUGGAGCGAUUCCCCAAGUGGGGACCAGAAGAUUACGUGUUACUGUUCGCCAUGUCUAUCAAGUUGAUUGCACUGGCACUGAAUUGGAUUAAAGCGAAAUUGAAGAGGAAGCGAGUUGAUGACUCGGGACCAACAAAAAAGAGAAGGAACGUAGAUGGGCAAUUAUCCUGCCUUUUGUGUCAGUCCGAAAACAACGACCCUUGUUGUUUGCGCUGCGGCCACAUGUUUUGUGCGGAAUGUUGCUUCAGGCAGCGCACCGAAUCCGGUGUCUGCUCGCUGUGCGGUUUUAGCAUUAAAGCCGACCACAUUGUGCCAGUUUUGAAUUACUGA